CGUGGCCCGGCAACCGCACGCCUGAUUGCCGGCGCUCGACCCUGCUCCGCUUGCCUGUCACGCCUGUCCGCUCGGACCCACCAUGGCCACCGUUCAGCAGCUGGUAGGAAGAUGGCGCUUAGUGGAGAGCAAAGGCUUUGACGAAUACAUGAAGGAAGUAGGAGUGGGGAUGGCUCUGCGAAAAGUGGGUGCGAUGGCCAAACCAGACUGUAUCAUCACUUCUGAUGGCAAAAACCUCAGCAUAAAAACUGAGAGCACUUUGAAAACAACACAGUUUUCCUGUAAACUGGGAGAGAAGUUUGAAGAGACCACAGCUGAUGGCAGAAAGACUCAGACUGUCUGCAACUUUACAGAUGGCGCAUUGGUUCAACAUCAGGAAUGGGAUGGAAAGGAAAGCACAAUAACAAGAAAACUGGAAGAUGGGAAAUUAGUGGUGGUAUGCGUCAUGAACAAUGUUACCUGUACUCGGGUUUAUGAAAAAGUAGAAUAAAAACUCCAUCAUCAUUUUGCACAGAAAUUAGCUGCGAGGAUGAACAAGCUCAGUUCAAUGAGCAAAUCUCCAUACUGCUGGUUUUUUUUUUUCAUUAUUGCGUUCAAUUAUCUUUAUCACAAACAAUUAAACUAUUUCAAAGUGUUUAAUUAGGGUCAUCUCUUUGGUUAGUAAGUAAAUCUGUUUGUGCUACACCAGUGUUGCAUGCUUUUUUAAACUUUAUAGGAAUUUAGCGAUGAGUUUUAACAUUAACAAAUGGAAUAAGUGGGAUAGAUAGCCUUGAGGAUACCAUAUUGAGAUUAUAUUUUAGUAAUUUAUAUAUAGAACUACUUCUGUGGCUAAUAAGCUACCAAUCAUUAAUCUUGCCUUGUGUUUUUGAACUUUGUAUCAACUCAAGGAUCUUAAAUUUGUGGCAGAGACUGUUCUCAUCAAAAAACAGCUACAUAAACCUUAUAAUUUAAAUGUAAUAAUAAAGAUUAAAUCACCAUCAUUGGCUAGUAAUCAUACUUUCAAUAGUGUGUUUAUAACUACUGCUCGGGAAUUCUGUAGCCCAAAAUCCUUUUAAUAAACUUUGUGAGGACCUACCAGGUGCCAGACUGUCUUCCAGAGGUUGAGUUAUAUCUGACCACAGGGACAAAUCAUUGCACUCACGGUGACAAACGCUCAGCUCUGAGAGCAUACAAUGUUCUCUUGUUUUAUUAACAAAAGUAAUUAAAAAAGUAAUUCAACUCUGAAAUACUUGUGUGUAUAUGUAAAGAAUAACUGGAAUUCUUGUGACUUCUGUCCUAUUUCUCAACCCACAUAGCAAAUAUCAACAGUUCACAUUUGGAAAAUUUCUGUAGGCACUGGGCUAAUACUAUGUACAUGAUCCUCAUAGCAAUCCUUAGGAAAGCUGGUACCAUUAUUUCUUUCGCAAGUAAGAACACAGGUUUUUGACUAGCUAACUUGUUCAAGGACACAGGAAGUUGUAGAGUUGGAAUGGGAACCUACAACUCAUUGAGCCCACUCAUGACUGAGAUCAAACAUUCUACAACUCCGGCAUGCCUCAGCUUAUAUGAAGAUCCUGAGUUAAAUUUCCUAAAUGUAAUACUUGAGACUUUUAUGAAACCACCCUCUACACAUUGAAAUGUUAACUUGUAAGAAUCUUUUAAUUACUGAAUGUUAGCAGUCAAUGAAAGAGUUGGAUUCAUUUAUACUGUAGUCUUGUGCCCCAUAUGGCUGCUGAGCACUGGGGAAGUAAAAUACACAUAAAAUUGAAAGAAAGUGAUACCAAAAAAUUUAAAAUGCCUCUGAUUUUUAUAUUGAUUAUAUAUUGAAAUCAAAUUUUUGGAUAUAGUUGGUUACUUAAAUAUUGGAUAUUAAUAAAAUUAAUUUUACCUGUU